AUGGAAACGGUCACACUGCUUUUCUCAUCUGCAAAAUAUUUACAAUUAAGAGAACAAAAACGUUUAUUAAACUUAAAAUACUGUCAUGGGAUGCGAUGGUGGAACCAUUCCUAGGCGCGAUGAGCUGGUGCGCGUAAAGCAGAAGCCGGAGCAGAAAGACAAAGAUGCUGAGAGGGAGUUCCGCUGGCGUCACUGUACCUUGACACAGCAGAGCCUCCAGGAGCCAAUAGCCAUGUGCGGCAUGGGCAGACUCUACUCCAAGCAGAGCGUCAUCGAGCGGUUGUUGGAAAAGGAGAAGAUGCCAGAGACGGCCUCGCACGUAAAGAGCCUGAAAGACAUCCGCCAGUUGCAGCUCACUCCUAAUCCUGCCUUUACGGAGGAAGACAAGACGGAAGGUCUACUGGAUACACGCCAUUCGCCGUACAUCUGCAAGCUGAUCGGACUGGAAAUGUCGGGCAAGUUCAGGUUCGUGGCCCUAUGGAGCUGUGGAUGCGUGAUGUCUGAGCGCGCGCUGAAGCAAAUCAAGGGGAAUGCGGCCAGUACAUGUCCCCUGUGCCAGGCGCCAUACAGCGUCAAGGAUGUGGUGGUUCUCAACGGCAACGAUGAGGAUCUCGAGCUGAUGAGAGUCAAGAUGGAAAUGCGUGCCGCCAAACGGAAGUCAAAAUCAAAGAAGGACAAGAAAGAGUCUAAGACAGAGAUCAAAACAGAGCCCCAAGAGGAGACCCAGGAGCCGGCGCCCUCCACAUCCAAGAGCAUAGCAUUGGAGAAGCCCACUACCAGCUCGAAAAUCAAGGCUGUGGCAAAUCCCAAGCGACUGGGCGCCGUCAACGCCAUGCAAGAUCCCGAACUCAAGCGUUUGAAGAGUGAUUUCAGCGUGGCCAAAGAUCCAAAGGCCAGCGACGUCUACAAAUCGUUAUUUACCUCCCACAAGACGGAGAAAGAGCAGGAACGUGCUCACUGGGUCACUUACAACCCUUUUUACAAUUAGUUUAGUGUCUA